GUCUCCGCAGGGCACAUCGCCCCCGGACACCAAGCUCAGGAUUAAACAGACGGAGGAGGGCAAGGAACCAUGUUCCAGGCCACGGGACCCCCCAGCUCCCCCCCAGCUCAUGAGGCAAAGAACAGCUCAGGAGGCAGCACCGUGCAGCGCUCCAAGUCCUUCAGCCUGAAGGCACAAGUGAAGGAGAUGUGCACUGCCUGCCAGAAAACCGUGUACCCCAUGGAGCGGCUCGUGGCCGAUAAGUUCGUCUUCCACAACGCCUGCUUCUGCUGCAAGCACUGCCACACCAAGCUCAGCCUGGGCAGCUACGCGGCGCUCCACGGCGAAUUCUACUGCAAGCCCCACUUCCAGCAGCUCUUCAAGAGUAAAGGCAACUACGACGAGGGCUUCGGGCGCAAGCAGCACAAGGAGCUGUGGGUGCACAAGGAGGUGGAGAGUGGGACCAAGUCGGCGUGAGCGGGGCCUGCUCAGCCCUCCCUGGAGCACCGGAACGGUGCCGAGCCGGGCGCUAACUGAGCUGAUGUAAAGCAAAGGGGACCCAAGGGUGGUGAGGGUGGGAGGCAGCACAGCCCUCUUGGAGGAUGUAUAGAGGGGUCCUAUAGGCCACAGGGGCAGAGGUGACCAGGGGACAGCCUCCAAGCCCCAACUCCGGAGACCAGAGCGGAUGCCCAGCCCUGCACAGGCAUUUCAGGUUUGCCACCAUGGAUAAAGAGAUGAUCUUGGAGGGGCCUUAACCCAUCCUCUAAGUCAGAGCAGAGCUCCCAGCUCCUGCCACACCAAUCCUGCCUUGCUGGGGCUCUGGCUAAGGAGGGUCCUUGGUUUACAUCAGCUCAGUUCAGCUGGGAAUGUUCAGCCUUAAGGAUGUUGCCCUGCGACUGUU